AGCGCUUCUUCUCUUCUUCACUGCAGAUGAACUGCACGAGCCCCGACUCGGAGCGGCCUCCGGCGUCCGAGCCCGUGUGGGAGCGGCCCUGGUCGGUGGAGGAGAUCCGCCGCAGCAGCCAGAAUUGGUCGCUGGCGGCCGACGCCGGCCUACUACAGUUUCUCCAGGAAUUCUCACAGCAGACUAUCUCCAGGACCCAUGAAAUCAAGAAACAGGUAGAUGGAUUAAUUCAGGAGACCAAAGCAACACACUGUCGUCUGCAUAAUGUCUUCAACGACUUCCUUAUGCUGUCCAAUACCCAGUUCAUUGAAAAUCGUGUGUACGAUGAAGAAGUGGAGGAGCGGGGACUCAAGGCUGAGGCAGAGAAAGCGGAACAGGAGAAGACUCGGGAACAGAAAGAAACAGAUCUGAUUCCUAAAGUCCAGGAGGCUGUGAGCUAUGGGCUGCAGGUCCUGGAUAGUGCGUUUGAGCAGCUCGACAUAAAAGCAGGGAACUCGGACUCUGAAGAAGAUGAUGCCAACGAGCGGGUGGAACUGAUCCUGGAACCGAAGGAUCUCUACAUUGACCGUCCUCUACCCUACCUCAUUGGGUCAAAGCUCUUCAUGGAGCAGGAAGAUGUAGGGCUUGGAGAGCUGUCCAGUGAAGAAGGCUCUGUAGGCAGUGACCGUGGGAGCAUUGUGGACAGUGAAGAAGAGAAAGAAGAGGAGGAAUCAGAUGAAGAUUUUGCCAGUCGUAGUGAUAAUGACCAAAACCAGCAUCCCACACAGAUGAGUGAUGAAGAUGAGGAUGAUGAUGGUGACCUAUUUGCUGACUCUGAGAAGGAGGGGGAUGAUAUUGAGGACAUGGAGGAGAAUGCUAAGUCUAAAAGGCCUACAUCUUUUGCUGAUGAACUGGCAGCUCGGAUCAAAGGAGAUAUCUCAAGCCAGCGGAAGGAGGAACAGACGGCAGAUGGAAAACCUCAGAGGACAAUGAAGGAGAGGAAGGAAAGGAGAACGCCUGCAGAUGAUGAAGAAGAUGUCUUGUUCCCACCCCCCAAGUUGACCGAUGAGGACUUCUCACCAUUUGGCUCUCGAGGUGGUCUGUUCAGUGAAGGGCAGGGACUUUUUGAUGACGAAGAUGAGAGUGACCUCUUCAGGGAGCCCUCCCAGGAUCGGCGAGCACACGCUCCUGUUAGUGAAGAAUUUCCAUCCCCCAAGCCUGGAAAGAAAAUCCCAGCAGGGGCUGUUUCUGUACUUUUAGGGUAUGCUGAUGUGUCUGGGUCUGCCCCAUCACUGAAGGAGUUCCAGAAACAUGAGCAGCCCACUCCAGGGAAAAGCCCACAUCUGCCAACUCCUGCCAGCCUCUUUGAUGAUGAUGAUAAUGACAAUGACGAUGAUGAUAACAACCUGUUUGUGCCAUCUUGUAGCAAGCCUUCCAAGACUGACAAAAUCAAGUCCACUGCCAUUAUCUUUGAUGAUGAGGAAGGAGAUCUGUUCAAUGAAAAAGCAGCAGCUUUGCCAGAAGCUUCUAUGAGUCAGACCGAUGGAAACAAAACACGGGCAGAUAAAACGGUCACCUUACCUUCCAGCAAAAGUCUGAAGCUUGUGUCAGAAACAAAGACUCAGAAAGGUUUGUUUUCAGAUGAAGAAGACUCUGAGGAUUUGUUUUCUUCUCAAAAUUCAAGUAAGCCAAAAAGUGCAUCACUUCUGCCCAGCCAUCCCCCCACAUCAGUCUCUCUUUUUGGUGAUGAAGAUGAAGAGGACAGUCUUUUUGGGAGUACAGCAGCUAAGAAGCAGACUUCAUCUCUACAGCCUCAGAGUCAAGAGAAACCGAAACCCUCAGAGCAGCCCCAAAAGAAAGCGUCCGCCUUGUUGUUCAGCAGUGAUGAGGAGGACCAGUGGAAUAUUGCUGAUUCACGUACCAAGUUAGCACCUGACAGUAAGUCCAAAGGAGAACUGUGGGACUCAGGGACCACCCAAGGCCAAGACACGAAAGCUGUGAAGAAGACCAACCUGUUUGAAGAGGACGAUGAUGAAGUUGAUCUGUUUGCUAUUGCCAAGGAGAGCCAAAAGAAGACACAGAGAACCUCACUUCUCUUUGAAGAGGAUGCUGAUAGUGGAAGCUCUCUGUUUGGCCUUCCUCCUGAGUCUGCUCCUCCUGCAGCAAUGACAAAGGAGAGCAUCCCCAAAGUGCCAUCGUUGUUUAGUGAUGAGGAGGAAAAUGAGGUUCCAUUGGCUGUGAAACCUGUGGAUGAGAAGGUUGAUAAUGCCAAAGUGUCUCGAGAAGCAGUGACUGCUGACAUGGCCAAAGUGUCCCGAGAAGAAGGACUUUCGACUGCUUCUCAUCAGGAAGAAGUUGAGCCUUCUGAUUUAUUUUCUUCUUCAUCUCCGUUGGACAAAGGAACCAAGGGCAGAACCAAAACUGUCCUUAGUUUGUUUGAUGAGGACGAGGAUAAAGUGGAAGAUCAGAGCAACACGUAUGCGCCACAGGAUGGACUGGAGAAGGGUCUCAAAACCAAUGGCCGCCCUAAGAGCACGGGAGUCUUCCAGGAUGAGGAGCUGCUUUUCAGCCACAAGCUGCAGAAGGACAAUGACCCAGAUGUUGACCUUUUUGCUGGCACCAAAAAGACCAGGCUGUCAGUGCCAAGUGGUGGGAGCCUCUUCGGUGAUGAUGAAGAUGAUGAUCUUUUCAGCUCGGCCAAGACUAAGCCUGUGGUACCAGAAAAAAAGGGAACACUGAAAAAAGACCACUCUGUUUCUUUAAAGAAUCAGAAACCUCCUGAAUCUACUCAAGGUAGCAAAGAAAAAAGCAUAUGGAAAGCAGAAGCAGCACAGGAUUCUUCAGCUCUCCCUCCAUUUAAAAGCAGAGAGCCAUCCAGUCGGAUCGGGAAAAUACAAGCAAAUUUAGCAAUUAACCCAGCAGCCUUGCUGCCUACAGUGGCUCUGCAGACACCAGGAAUAAAGCCUGUUUCUUGUGAAUUAGCUUUUCCUUCAUCUGAACCGGGAAGGAGCCACAUUCAGGAAAGUGUGCCCACUCUGCCCGGGAGUGAGGAGGCUGGUGUGGGUUUCGAUCUUCCAGCGCAGGCAGACACCUUACACAGUGCAAACAAGAGUCGUGUUAAAGUGAGAGGAAAGCGUAGACCACAGACUCGUGCUGCUAGGCGGUUGGCUGCCCAGGAGUCCAGUGAGGGUGAGGACCUGAGUGUCGCACAGUUGGCCAGUAGUUCCAUCUUACCAAAUGGCCAUCAACCUCCUCUGCAGCCCAUGAUGGCCAGUGGAGAGAUCAGCUCUGAGAAAGCCAUGGCCCCAGCUGCUCCACCAUGGGAACGCGGUCCUGUGUUGUCCGCGGUGGACAGCAGCUUCUUUGUGACGUCUCCACCUCAGACUGGAAUCGAGCCAGACCUGUUUGAUUCUGGGGACAUCUUUUCCAAGAGUGUAGGACCACAGUCCAUGGAGGGCACCACAGUCCUGGCAGUAGAGACCGCAGCCCACCUGUCAGGAGGGCGUACGGAGAAGAGCCUUGUGUUUCCUGAUCUCAGUGAGGCCAGCAGUGCCGAUGAUCUCUUCCAGUCUGUCAGGCCAAGACCAACAAAGAAAAGAAACCCUUUCCCCCUCCUUGAAGAUGAGGAUGAUCUGUUUGCAGAUCAGAAAGGCAAAAAGAGUGAGUUGAAAUCUGACAGCCAUCAGGACAUCAUGUCAAAAACGCAAGACAUUUUUGAGGAUGAUAUAUUUGCUACAGAAGCAAUUAAACCUUUUCCAAAAAAAAGAGAGAAGGAGAGAACAUUGGAACCCAACUUAUUUGAUGAUAAUAUUGAUAUCUUUGCUGACUUAACUGUAAAACCCAAAGAAAAGCCCAAGAAGAAAGUGGAAGCCAAGUCUAUGUUUGAUGAUGACACAGAUGAUAUUUUCUCCUCUGGCCUCCAAGCUAAACCAUCUAAACCCAAAAGCCAAUCUGCAGAGGCGGCAUCUGAACUAAGAUCUGAGCACAAAGUGUCCAACAUUUUUGAUGACCCCCUGAAUGCGUUUGGAAGCUAAUAGCGCAUGCUGGGUAUUCACAGUUCACCGCCCAGUCUGUCUUUCAGUUAUUGAUGCUAUCUCCUUCACAUACUGUCUUCACUGGAUUACAGAAGUAAAUACUCAAACUAGUUCAACUUUUACCCAGUGUAGCUCAUAUUUUUUUGCACUGAUUUUAAUUAUGCUUAAAAUUACAAAUA